AUGUCGUAUUCUAUCAAUAGAAGACCGUUGUUAGGGGGUGCAUCGGAUAGUGAAUUUGAAGAUGAUUUAGAAACUGAGGUUGAUGAUCCAAGUGUUUCUGUUCCAGAUGAAAAGCCAUUUUUAAAACAAUAUGAACCUCGUGACAAGUAUAAUCUUGCAUACAUAGUUUUCUACUUACUUGGAAUAAAUACAUUAAUACCAUGGAGUUUUUUUAUAACUGCUGAUGAUUACUGGAUGUAUAAGUUCAGAGAGAUACAUGAAAAUUCUACACAUCACUUCAAUUAUACUCAUGUAGAAAAUUUAGAGAAGAGAACUGAUCUUCAAGCAAGCUUUACUUCGUACUUAAGUAUAGCAAGUGCACUACCUAAUACAUUCUUCUUAAUAGUAAAUGCAUUUAUUAGUAAAAGGGUUCCUCUAAGAAUACGUAUGGUAGGAUCUCAGUGUACAAUAUUACUGCUGUUCAUUAUGACAACUGUGCUUGUUAAAAUAAAUACAGAUAAAUGGCAAGAUGCUUUUGUAGCCGUUACCUUGACAACAGUAGCAUUUGUAAAUGCUGCAAGUGCGAUUUUUGGGGGAAGCUUAAUGGGAAUUGUUGGUCGUUUUUCUCCAAAGUAUAUAACUGCUAUGUCAAGUGGUCAAGCUUUGGGAGGUAUUUUUACAGCUGCUACAGAAAUAUGUUCCCUGUGGAUUGGUGCUAGUCCUAUACUCUCAGGCCUAGUCUAUUUUAUUGUUGGAGAUAUUAUUUUGUUUUUAUCUCUGAUCGCAUAUAUUGUUUUAGAAGAGGCAGCAUUUUUUAGACAUCAUAUGGUGGAAAAAUCACCUGAAAACAUGGAAAGAGAGUUCUCAGUUACUGGAGAAGUAACUUUUCCUCAAGGCAUUACAAUUUCUUACUCUCGUAUUGUUAAGAGGAUUUGGCAGUAUGGUGUUAGUGUAUUUUUAGUAUUCUUUAUAUCUCUUUCUGUGUAUCCAGCAGUCACUGUGUUGGUAGAAAGCCAAUACAAAGGAAAAGGCCAUGCGUGGAAUGAUGUCUACUUUGUACCUACGGUGACUUACCUUAUUUUUAGCAUGGGUGACUAUGUAGGACGAAUAUUUUCAGGCAUUUUUCAGUGGCCAAAAAACAAACCAUGGCAAGUCAUGCUUUUAAGCUCACUAAGAGUCAUUUUUAUACCUGCACUUAUGUUUUGUAAUGCACAACCCAGACAUCAUCUUCCUGUUUACAUUCAUAAUGAUCUCUAUUAUAUUUUAUUGACUAUCUUAUUUGCCAUUAGUAAUGGCUAUCUGUGCAAUUUGACAUUUAUUCUAGCUCCUACGGUUGUCGAUUCUCAAGAAAAAGAGAUUGCAUCUGCUAUGAUAGGAGCUUUCCUUGGAAUAGGAUUAGUGUCAGGUGCUGGACUUAGUUUAGUCAUGGUUAAAUCACUUUGAGAAAAACAAGAUAUAUGCGAGCGUUAAUCUCACUGCCGACUGGUACAGUUAAAGACGAAUAGGACCACAGA